UCCCCUCUCUCUCCACGUCCUCUCGCCCACCUUCCUUCCCCCCCAGCGCGCUUCACGUUCAAAUCCGUAGCAGGGAAGGCGGGAUAGGCGGGGGGGAAGGGAAGAGGGAGCAGCUCCCGGCUGCCCGGAGAGCGGCCCGGAUCCCGCAGCCCUGGUCCCGCGGGACCGUGCUCCGUGGCUGGCGGAGCACGUGUAGACCUGGGCUCCCUGAUCCCAUUCCGCCGGGGCAGGGGACACUAGCGCAGAGGGGACAUGACUGACUAAGCGCUCAGUGGGUCCAGAUAAGCCCUGAUGAAUCUCAUUAAGGGAGGGAGACGGGCUGUCCUGUUUGCAAACUUUGUUAUUAUUUUUUCUCUCACCCCCCCUCCCUUUUGUGUCCUCCUUCCCCGCCCUGCCCUGCGGACCCCCCCACCCCCCACUCUUCCUCCGCCUCCCCUCCUCCCCUUCCCCAUCCACACCCAGCGGUUGAAGGGGACCUGGAUGGCCGUGGCUGAAGUCGGCUGGUGCACGGUGAAGAGGUGCGCUGCGGCCGCCGGCGGUUCCUCCUGCCCCUUCGCGACCAGGGAGCAGCGUCCGUCUCCUCCUUCGCCCCCUUCUUCCUCGUUGUCCUCCUCCUCAGGCGGCUCCUCCAAGACUCCUCUGCCGGAGCCCGACGGCAGCCACCGGCCGGCCCCUCCGCCGCCCCCCGCCACCGAGGGCAGGUCGCUGCUCGCUCCCUACGUGCCCUUUGGGGCCGCCCACCACUCCGGCCUGCCCAGCUGGGAGGACAUCCUGCUCUUCGCGGAUUUAGACCAAACCAACAAGCUGAUCUGGUCCAGCCGCGGCCCCAAGCUGAGCGCCCUCGGCGCCGAGCAGCCCGAGGAGAUGUACCAGACCCUGGCAAUCUCGGCCGCCCAGGGCCCCACGCCUUACGACGGAUCUCCGAGCGGCUUCAUGCACUCCACGCCCAGCUCACCGGUCUACGUGCCCACGACCCGCGUGGGUUCCAUGCUGCCCACUCUGCCGUACUUGCAGGGCAGCGGGGCGACCCAGCCCAGCCACCCCGGAGGCGGCCAUGCCGUCUGGUCCCAGCCAGCUGCAGAGAGCCCCUCGUACAGCACCGGCAGCGGCUCCCACCCCUCGGGCCGCUUCCCCUACUCCCCCAGCCCGCCUGUGGCUAACGGGGCCUCCCGGGAUCCCGGCGCCUACAGCAACAGCCUGAGUGCUAGGGACCAGUACAGCCCCCUGGCCCGGCCGCUCAACGGCUCCUACCCGGGGCCCUACACGUCCUACGUGGGGCCGCAGCUCACGCCGGCCUGGCCCACGGCGCCCUUCGAGAACUCCAUGCUGCACUGCCUCCAGGGCCGAGCUGCCCCCAUCCCCGUCCGGGCUCCCAGCGCAGAGCUGCUGGAAGACCUGUCCGAGAGUCGGGAGUGCGUCAACUGCGGCUCCAUCCAGACCCCGCUGUGGCGGAGAGACGGCACCGGGAACUACCUGUGCAACGCCUGCGGGCUGUACACCAAAAUGAACGGCCUCAGCCGGCCCCUCAUCAAGCCCCAGAAGAGAGUGCCCUCGUCGCGGCGGCUGGGCUUGUCCUGUGCUAACUGCCACACCACGACCACCACCCUGUGGCGGAGGAACGCGGAGGGUGAGCCCGUCUGUAACGCCUGCGGCCUCUACAUGAAGCUCCACGGGGUUCCCCGACCUCUUGCUAUGAAAAAAGAAGGAAUUCAGACCAGGAAGCGAAAACCUAAGAACAUAAAUAAGUCAAAGGCUUGCUCUGGUAACAGUACUACUGCGGUUCCUAUGACUCCAACAUCCACAUCUUCUAAUAACUCAGAUGACUGUAGCAAAACCACUUCUCCCGGCACACAGACUUCAGCCUCUGGGGCAAGUUCGUCGGUGAUGUCUGGCCCAGGAGAGAGCACCAGUCCGGAAAGCAGCAACCUUAAGUAUUCAGGUCAAGAUGGGCUGUACACAGGAGUCAGCCUGACCUCCACAGCUGAAGUGACAGCAUCCGUGAGACAAGAUCCCUGGUGUGCCCUGGCUCUGGCAUGAAGGGAAGCUGGAUCCUGGCACUGUGCAGCAGCCCCCAGACGUCGGCGCAUGGUUUCUUCUGUGGAGCAGUGGCAGUGGCAGCAAGAAUGCUGGCAAAGACUAUUCCUCUGAAAAUGUUUUUAUGCCUUGGUGGCAGAGGUGUUUUUCAGCCUCCGAAAGAGAUUCUGCCAAAGCAUCCAGUUCCUCAUCUAUGCAAGCAAAAUAUAUGGAAAGCAAUUGCCCACCAGGGGACAGUUAAUGUAGCUAAUGCAGCCUUACAUUCUCAAGGAGUAAAAAAAAAAAAAAAAAAAAGGAAAAAAAAGAAAAAGAAAAAAAAAAGAGAAAAAUCUAGACCUAUUGAUAGAUUCCAGAAGUACAUCCUCAACCUGCCCAGCAGUGCUGCCUUUCUGAUUGUGUAGUUGUUUUCACUCUCUCAUUGCCUUCUCCCCCAAGAACCUGGCAGAAGCUUCCAGUGUCAAAGAGGGAGUAGCAAAGGCUUCAAUUACCAGAGAUAGCAAGAUACCUUUUAACGAGUGUCAGAAGUGGGUACUGCUCAAGUCGGCGCAGACGUCUCACACCGAACAUUUGAUGUCUUUUCCUUGUCAGUCCUCUCCCCUGCGCUCUCCAUCAUCAGCGUGCCUUGCUCUGCUCCUCAGAGCCCAGCUAUGCCCCUGGAAGAAAUCACAACGUUUGGUACAAGUCUCUUGAGGUCCAGCUGGCUAAGGAGAUUUUUGGGGUUGGUGGGGUUUUUUUUUUUGGUUUAAAAUAUUUACUCACUUUGCAAGACUGCGAUAUAACUUUUAAAGUACACUGUGACUGAGGCUGAUGAAAGUUCGUAUUUUCUGGCUGAACUGUAUCAAGUCAGUCGAUUUGUAAACAGGGUAGCAAUCAGAUAUUUUUCUUCCAUAUAUACAAUAAUUUUUUUAAAGAAGUGCAAUUUGCGUUGCAGCAAUCAGUGUUAAAUCAUUUGCAUAAGAUUUAACAGCGGUUUUUAUACGAAUGAAUGAAUGUAAACGUUUUAACUUAAUGGUACGUAAAUAAUUUAAAAGAAAAACUUAAGUAGGCAUCUUUAGGCUUUUUAGUGCAACAAAACCCCAUCCACUCUCUGUAUGUCCAGAUGUUGAAGCAAGAGUUUCAAAGAACAAGCCUUCUCUCAGGAAAAUCGCUAUUUGCUCCAAAGUGUUGUACAAAAAGGCAAAUGCAUCCCAGGUAUUUUUCUUUUUUGCCAUCGAAUAAGUGUGUGCUGGAAAGAAACAAAUCACAAUGAAAUUUUACUACCUAACUGAUACAUAUGUAAAUACUCCAUAAGAUAUUUAGGCAUCUUGAAAAUGUAAGAUGCAAUCUGUAUAGUAUGACUGACGCAUAGUUAGGUUGGUUUCCAUUGGUCUUCAAGCGGGAUGUCAUUUGGAAUGUUAUUUCAUCAGAGCUUUACAAAUAAAAGGGUAUCAUUUUGGGAUAUUUCUUUUUUCCUGUACACUGUGCCUUCUCCUUUGUCUCCAAUGCAACUCUUAAGCUAUAUUAAAAGCUAUGGAAAUGUACCUGA